GGCGGAGAAAAGAGGAGAAGCAAAACCAGAAGAGAAUUCGAAAUCGUCCGCUCUGGCUUUUGUUGGCUAGUUCGUAUGUAUGUACACUACACUACUGUGUGCUCUGGUGCGCAAAUACGCAGCUAAAAAGAGAACAAGUAAUUGCUUUAGAGCAGCUAAGAAGGUUUAAAAAUUCCCCCGCCUCAGGGCCGAUAUAUAAAGUAUUGAGGAAUCACAGACCCUGGAGCUUUCGGGGGUGUGCCCUUUUUCUGGAUUUCUUUCUGCGUCGCUUAUGAUAGUCGCGGGUUUCAAUUCUCAAUUCGAAAGACUUUCUGAUUUUUUAUUUUUUUAUUUUUAUUGCCAUUUUUUAUUGCCAUUUUGUCCCCUGCGUGUGCUUAGCGGAAGGUCACUAGGCCUUGGCUGUUCUAGAAACCUUCGUUUUGCUUCGAGAACGAGGGGAAAGGAAAGAAUAGAAGCAAAAGCAGAACAAGGAGAGUGUUGGUCAAAUAUAAUAUAUAUAUAUCCUCGCCUAGAUCUGAGGGAGCAGGGAACCCCCAGCCCCAAACACACACACAUUGCCUUCCAUCGAGCAGCCCCAACUCGCUGCGUCAAAUCACGAAAGCUUGACCGAUUCCUCGGGUCAUAAGGAAACGAAAGAAUUACUCCAUCAGGGUCAUAUAGGAGGAACAAGGAGCGAACAACUUUAGAAAAACACGAAACAAACAAGAAAAAAAUAAAAAUAAAAAUAAGACAUAGCGAAUAUGGCGAUGCCAAAGCCGGUGGUGCUCCACUACGAGAUUUCGCCGUAUGGAAGGCGGGUAACGUGGUAUCUUGCCCUUCGUGGUAUUGAAUAUGAUCAAUGUUUACAACCGAUCAUCAUGCCUAGACCGGACCUUCACGCGCUAGGUGUCCAAUAUCGUCGUGUUCCAGUUAUGUGCGCCGGUAAAGAUAUAUACUGCGACUCACGACUGAUCCUGCAGAAACUGGAGGAGCUGUAUCCAGAGGGUGGUCGGCUUGGUGCGACGGAUCCAGACGGACAGGCAAUCGAACGCAUGCUGGAGAACUGGACCGUUGACGGGGGUGUUUUCGCCCGCGCUUGCCAGCUGGUCCCGUCGGCCCAUAUACUGGCUGCCCAUCCCAACUUCAUCCGGGAUCGAGAGGACGCUAGCGGCCUUAGUUUUAGAAAGGAGGACCUGGAGAGGAAUCGGCCGGACGGGAUGAUUCAUAUCAAACAGGCGUUUGAGUUUCUUGAGACGACGCUACUGGCGGACGGGAGGGAGUGGCUGCGUAAGACUGAGAAGCCUUCUCUGGCUGAUAUCCAUGCGAUAUGGCCACUCGACUGGGUAGAUGAGUUGGAUGGGGCCCUUGACCGCGAUAUUUUCACGGAAGCCCGUUUUCCCAACGUUUUCGCCUGGAUGGCACGAUUCAGGAAGGCAGUAGUAGAAGCUGCAGCCGCAUUGCCCAACAAGCCGCAAAACCUAUCGGGUGAACAGGUGUUGGAAUCCGUUAUCGCUGCAGAAUUUGUGGAGCCAGAGGCAGAUGUUGAUGAAUAUGAUGCGCUGAAGUUCCAAAAGGGGCAAGAUGUUGUAGUGUGGCCAACUGAUAACUGUUCUAACUAUCAGGAUAGCGGGCAAUUAGUGGCUCUCACACCUCAGGAGGUAGUGUUGCAGCGGAAGACGGUGGAUAACAGGGCGGACGUUCGUAUCCACUUUCCACGAACCAAUUUCCGAAUUGUGUCGAAACAAGAGUAUGAGGGGAAAGAAGCAAGAAAAGUGCAAGAAACGGCACAGGCAAAUGGUCAGGGAAAGGAAAAGGUGGUCCGGUUUGGGAGCAUUCUCAAAAGGAAAAUAUGGAGGACCAGUCAGCUUGUGUCCGGGAAGGGCACAGCAUGAAGGAGAUGAGAUGUUUUAUUUUCUGACUGGGGUGACUUGACCGAUAUCGUCUGUUGUUUAAUCCUCUUUGUUUCUUUCGCUGGAGAUGCUGUUUAAGCGCAGAUUAGGAAAAUUGCAGUUGAAUAUUACUUCCUUCCACAUAAAAGCCAUCAAUCAAACACUCCACACGAAGUGUGAAGCCCUAG